UGCAGCUUUUCUGCUGGUCUAGGCAGAAUCAGAUUCCAAAAUGCAGCAAAGAAAUUCCUAUGAUAGAGCCAAAAGUAGAGAUAUUCUUGGUCCUUGAUCCCUUGAAUUCUCUAAAUUCCACAUUUCCUUUUCUAAAACUUUUUCGAAAUACCAUCAAAAUCAAUUCCAAUCAUUGAUCUUCAAUUCUUUUCAGUUCCCAAGUUCAUGUCAGGAAGGCUCUGUUGCAUGGUGAUGAGAGUUAACAUAGACUGCCAUGGCUGUUACAGGAAAAUGAGAAGAAUCCUUCUUAAUAUAAAAGAAGUAGAGACACAUGUGAUCGAGAAGCAGCAAUGCAGGGUAAGCAUAUGCGGGAGGUUUGGACCAUCAGAUGUGGCAAUAAAGAUAAGAAAGAGGAUGAACCGUAGAGUAGAGAUACUGGAAAUCCAGGAGAUCAGCGAAGAACAAACAGACCAAACGCCGAUGGUCAGCAGCCAGUGAUUGUGCUCAACUCUUUCAAGUUUUAUGUCAGGCUAUGAAAGCCAUGAAAACAGAAAAGGGUUCUGCAGGAUUAUUAUAGAUUGUUACCAUAAUUCAAUGUUCAGUAAAAACUGAGAUUCUAGCUAUCUGAUACCAAAACUCUUGUUUCUUGUCAGGAACAAUGAAAGCCAGUCCGUAUCAUACCUUGAAAAGCUUUUGACAGAAAAGGGUUCUGCAGGAUUACCAUAGAAUGUGACCAUAAUUCAAUGUUCAGUAAAAACCGGGAUUCUAGCUGUCUGCUCCCAAAACUCUUGUUGCUUGCCAGGAACAAUGGACACUUUCAGCAGAUGAUUCCGAACAUAGAAAAUGUGUAGCAUUAUCUUAGAUUUCCAUACUGCUAUUCAUCCCCUCGGAGUGGAUUAAACAAACUUGCUUUUGUCCUUGGGUCUUUGUGCUUAAUCAUUGAUUUGUUUUGGAGGCAGGCAAAGAUCCAGGGAAUGAUGCAUUUUUCCAACUUUUCAUGAUGUCCCUCUAUCGCCCAUUGCUGAAAUUGCGCUCUCACAGCACUUUCUCAUCCUAACAAAUCAUGAAUUGCAAAUGGGAAAGUCUAAUUUUGGACAAUAAUUUUGAUUCUCUUUCUGUA